CUGCCCCGCCACCGCCGCAGCUGCAGCCGCCGCUCGGGCUGCGGCUCAUCCCGGGUCUCGUUCGCCGUCCCGGCCGCGGCGUGAAGGGCACCCUGAGUGUGGCUGCGUGACCGGCCGCGGAGCGAGGAGCCCCUCUUCUGCCUCCCUGCGGCCCGCGCGGUGGACGGUGUCGGGACCGAGUGUGGCCGCCGCGCCCCUCGUUCCGCUCCCGGGCUGCCGCUCCGGCCCUUCCGGGCGGCGCCGCUGCCUCAGCCCGCUCCACACGCAGAUGUGGGAAGACAAAUGAAGGGGUUUAGAUGCCAAAUAAAUGUCAGUGGAAAGGAGAGCUACCGACACUAAGGACUGAACACAAGUAAGCUCCUUUUUCAGAGUUAAAGAAUUAUUUAAAAAAAAAAAAAAACCAAGAUGGGGACGCCUGGUUCUGGAAGGAAAAGAACACCCGUGAAAGAUCGAUUUUCUGCAGAAGAUGAGGCUUUGAGUAACAUCGCUAGAGAGGCAGAAGCAAGGCUAGCAGCAAAGCGGGCUGCUCGGGCCGAAGCGAGAGACAUCCGCAUGAGGGAACUGGAACGACAGCAAAGAGAGCCUUCUUCUCAUCAUUGCUCUGACCGGAAAUGGGGGCAGAUUCAAAAGUGGCUGGAAGAUUCAGAGAGGGCCAGGUAUUCUCACCGGUCUGGCCAUCACCGUUCUUACCUGGGAUUAGAGGAUACAUUGUCUCUUCGAAGCCUUGGCAGUCACAGGAGUUCAUCGAAGGAUAUUACUGGGACACACUGGAGCAGAACCAGUACACCCAAAAGGAGAGACAUGAUGUACGAUACCCUCAAGGACAGAUCAUCAAGGGUUCCGUCAUUAAAUUAUUCUUACAGUCACACCUAUGGGAUGAAGAAGCGAUCUUCUAGUUCUCAUAAAGACCCCCUGAGUGGCCUCUAUUUUGACCAGAGAAACUAUAGCAGUCUUAGACAUAGCAAACCUGCCUCUACCUACUACUAUCGGUCUUCUUCCCUGUGCAGUGACCCGCUGGGGACAUCGAGUAAGAACAGGGCCUCCUCUGCUGCAAAUUCUGGUCUGCUGAGAAGUGCCAGCCUGGCAUCAUUGUCUGGUGGUGGAUUAUAUAACCCUUAUGGUUCUCGAGCUCCAUCUGAAUACAGUUACUACUCAUCGAGAGCGAGUUCCUCCCGGAGCAGCCCUGUGUCUAUCGAUGACGACACCGCAAGCAUUGUGUCUUCUGAUCGUGCCAGUUGUGGGAGAAGGGACAGUGUGGUCUCUGCCGCUGAUUAUUUUAGUCGCUCCAAUCGUAGGGGGAGUGUUGUCUCUGAGGUGGAUGACGCCAGCAUCUCAGACUUGACCAGCUUGGAUGAAAAAUCAGACAAACAGUAUGCUGAAAAUUACACAAGACCUUCAUCUCGAAAUUCUGCCUCAGCCACAACACCUCUAAGCGGAAACUCAUCCAGACGGGGCAGCGGGGACACCAGCAGCUUAAUAGACCCAGACACCUCGUUAAGUGAACUGCGGGACAUCUAUGACCUGAAGGACCAGAUACAUGAUGUAGAAGGGAGAUACAUGCAGGGACUUAAGGAACUGAAGGAGUCUUUGUCUGAAGUAGAAGAGAAAUACAAGAAAGCCAUGGUGUCCAAUGCACAGCUCGACAACGAGAAGAAUAACCUGAUCUACCAGGUGGACACCCUCAAGGACGUUAUUGAAGAGCAGGAGGAGCAGAUGGCAGAGUUUUACAGAGAAAAUGAAGAGAAAUCAAAGGAGUUAGAAAGGCAGAAACAUAUGUGCAGUGUGUUGCAGCAUAAAAUGGAUGAACUCAAAGAAGGCCUUCGGCAGAGAGACGAGCUCAUUGAGGAGAAUCAGCGCCUUCAGCAGAAAGUAGACACCGUGACAAAAGAGGUGUUUGACCUCCAAGAGACCCUGCUGUGGAAAGAUAAAAUGAUUGGGGCCCUAGAGAAACAGAAAGAGUACAUUACCUGCCUCAGGAGUGAGCGAGAUGUGCUCAGAGAGGAGCUGCCUGACCUACAGGAGACAGUGCCGACAGCAGAGAAACAUGGCUUAGUUAUAAUCCCAGACAGCACUCCCAAUGGUGAUGUCAAUCAUGAACCUGUGGUUGGAGCCAUUACUGCUGUGUCUCAGGAAGCGGCUCAGGUCUUGGAGUCAGCAGGAGAAGGGCCACUAGAUGUAAGGCUACGGAAACUUGCUGGCGAAAAGGAGGAGCUCCUGUCACAGGUUAGAAGACUGAAGCUGCAGAUAGAGGAAGAACGGCAGAAGUCUUCAAGGAAUGACGGCACGUCUGGGGACCUGGCGGGACUGCAGAAUGGCUCAGAUUUGCAGUUCAUCGAGAUGCAGAGAGAUGCCAAUAGACAAAUUAGUGAAUACAAAUUCAAGCUUUCCAAAGCAGAACAGGACAUAACCACCUUGGAACAAAGUGUCAGCCGGCUUGAGGGCCAGGUGCUGCGCUACAGAACUGCCGCUGAGAAUGCAGAGAAAAUCGAAGAUGAGCUGAAAGCAGAAAAGAGGAAGCUGCAGCGAGAGCUACGGACAGCACUGGACAAAAUCGAGGAGAUGGAGAUGACCAAUAGUCACCUGGCAAAGCGGCUGGAGAAGAUGAAGGCCAACAGGACGGCCCUUCUAGCCCAGCAGUAGGGGAAGGACCUUCUGCCUGGGUGCUGCUCCAAGGGCCCUGCCCAGAGAUACUGACUCUUUGUAUAUUGACACAAAGCUUUUCGAGUACUGUUUGAGUCUUGUCAUUAAACAGCCACCUUUGUAUUUUAUAAUUUAUGAGAAUGAAGCAGG